AGGUCGGGUCAGGGUCAGCACCGAAACAUUGUUGCACUUUAAAGACUUUCAGACGUCUACAAAUAUGGGAUGCUCCUACACACAACACACACACUCGCUCUGCAGCCAUGCAAAGACAGGUCAGGGUCCAGGGCUCGCUGCCCUCCGCCUGGGACAGCGGCUUCGACAUGUGGCAAGACUACAUGAAGCUAGGCUGCCUGCUCAAGAGGCUGGCCGACAGCCACCGGGACUCCGGGGAGGGAGACUCCGGGGAGGGAUACUCCGGAGAGGGAGACUCCGGGGAGGGAGACUCCGGAGAGGGAGACAUCGAGGUCCCGAAGAGACAAACAGCGGCACCGUGGAGCCAGAUCCGAGCUUCUCUAAACCUAGAGACCAGCUCAGUCAGCAGCCUGUCUGACUCCAGCUGCACCGGCACGGACACCAGCUGCACCGGGACCCCCUCCUCGGGGUUUUGUGGCUUCUGUAAGCAGAACGGCGAGUCUCCGCGGGUGUACCGGUCACACAACCUGAAAUCAAACUACGGGAAAGUCACGUGCCCGAUCCUCUGGAACUACACGUGUCCCAUCUGUGAAGCCACCGGGGACCGAGCUCACACACGCCGCUACUGCCCGCAGGCACAGCGGCUGGAGGCUGGGCGGAUGCUGCCGGGAUCCCGGUCCUGGUAACACCGGGACACCAUGUGGGACACUGAGGACACUGUACAUAUUUACCUUAACAUGUUUGGGCCAUGAGUUCGUGUUUACAUAGACAGCUGUUAAGUUUGGGCAUUAAUAUGUUGGUGGCAUCCUGCACAGAGAGAGAGUUUCAUUCAGCGUUGAAUUCACAUGUUAUCCUGUAAUAUCUGCCCUCUGUGUGCAUUAUCAGGAAUAAAUCAGGGAACAGUU